AUGCCGUACGCAAUUCGUCUUUCCAAAAAUCUCCUAGGAUCUAGCGAUGCUGGAGAAUUCACGGAUCAUCUACGGGCAUUAGAAUGGUCUCAUAGCGUGCUACGGGUGCUUGACGAUCUUCCAUUGAUGCGAAUAUCAGAGAUUUGGCAGAUUUGGUCUGAACUAUGGGUUAACGUUGCACAAUCUGCUGUCACUCCAAAUCAGAAAGUUCUUGGACUCGAGCUGCUUCACCGAUCCAAGCAGGUGGAGGAUGCGCUUCGACACGAACCACAGUGGAUUCAGUGUUCCUCAUUUAUUGAUGAGAAUGACGGGGCUCAGCUCUAUAAGCAGCUGAGAAAGUUGAUUGGAGAAAUGCUUGACAAGGCAGCGGAAGACUUUGGAUUUUCUAUUGUUGACGAAUUUCUUGUUCAUCCUAAUGAAACGCCUCUGUCUCAAGUCUUUUCACCUUAA